AUGCUCAGAUCAAGUACGGUGAUAUCUGGCUGCAGAAGGCUGUCCUCUGGGACGGUUCCGGUGACGAGUAAGAAGACGCAUCGUUUGCGCAGAUUUUUGCUGAAGGUGGUUGUUGGUUCUGCGUUGUUUUAUGGAGGGGGGAUGACGUUGUCGGCGUACAAUCCCAGGGUAAAUGAUUUAUUCACUGAGAAUGUUCCUUAUGCAGAGGAGUUAAUGGACAUUUACGAUAACUACAGGCGGGGCCUACAUCUGUCGGGUCCGACGUUUGAAGUGAGACGCAAGUUGGAUGAGCUGCGUCGGUUUGUUAGAAGUGGUGGGGUUAAGCAGGAGGAAGAGUGGGUGCCUGGUUUGGUGGAGCAGCAUAAGAAGGUUGUGGCGACUGCAGUUCCAGAGUUGGAGCCUCUCAAGCAGCAGAAGUUGGAAAAACUGUUGUUGCCUGAAGUGGAGGUGAACGGCGCUCAGGCGGCGGUGCAGAGACUAAUUGAUUCAUUAAACAGCACGAUUGCAUUGGUGAAUGAAAGGGGGUUAGAAGUGCCGGAAGAAAGUGCAGCUGCGCUCCGUGGAACACACGCGGCUCUCUCGCAAGGUAUCCAUUUGCUAAAUGAGUCUGUCAUGAGUUCAGUUGAGCGUGAGCUAUCAGCACGGACCAGUAGUGCGCUUGAGGAAUUGACGGUUAAGUACGAGUCUGAGAUUAAGUCAAAGGAGCUUGAAAUUUCAGAAAAGUAUAUGAACGACUUUGAGAGUUUUAAGCGUGAGCUUGAGAAAAUAACGAUGGAGCAGCUUCAAACAGAACUCAAGGCUCACGAACAGGCACUGCUGGCAAAACAGCGCAAUGAAAUUGCACAGCUUUCCAUCAGGCAAGUAGAGGAAUUCAACAAGGUUGUGAAGGAAAAAAUCGAUCAAGAAAGGCAGGGACGCCUUGCUAAGCUUCAAGAACUGGACGCGGCUGUGAACUCUCUUGUUCCUGUCCUAGAGCGGUUAGAGAAGCAAGCAGUUAAAAAAGAAUGUGUCACUCAAAUGACGCUUGCCGUACAAGACCUGCAGACCAAAUUGGCACAGACUGGCGAAAACCCUGUGGAUCUAUCUCCUGAAUUAGAGAAACUCAAGCUAUUGACUGACGUUAUUCCAAGAAAGACUAAGAAGUGCUGUUCCUCAACACCUGAGCUGAUGGACAUUGUCGUUGCCGAACUAGAGUCAAAAGCUAGCGGCAAAAUUGCUUCUAACGAACAGUUGUACAACAGGUGGUUAUUACUCCAACCAGAGCUUAAAACAACUUCUUUGUUGCCUCCAAAUGCUGGCUUCUUAGGUCAUCUCACUGCAAAGAUAUUUUCCUUGCUACUAUUCACUAAAGAAGGCUUUUCAACAACCCAAGACAUGGACGCUACCAUCGCGAGAGUUGCAGAGAAUUUGCGUGUCAACAAAUUAGACCAAGCCGUGGCAGAAGCCGUCGAAAUGAAGGGCUGGUCUAGAAAAGUGGCUGACGGAUGGGUGAAGUUGGCCCGCCAGAGAUUGGAAGUCCUGUCCCUUGUCGAUGUCAUUAAUGCUGAAAUAAAGACAUUGUAA